AUGCAGCAGCAACAGCAACAACAACAACAGCAGCAGCAGCAACAGCAGCAGCAACAGUCAUGUAAUGGCCAAUCAUCUGAGUUAAUUACUCGAAGAGAAAGCAGUAUUGGUAGUAACCUUGGUGCUAAUGGUGGUGUCGGCAGUAGUGGCACUAAUCAAGAGCAUCGCGAUGAACCGAAUAGUAGUAAUGAAGAUUAUUCAACGGAAAAAAUCGAAACAACAAAUCUCGGUGUUGAAGUAUCAGUUGUAGGUUCACCUCAAGUUUUCGGCCAUCAUGGAACAACGAAUUCGCCAACAUCUGAAUCGGAUGACGAGCGCAUAAUUGAACGUUGCGAUCUAUUAAACCAAUCCACGACGGACGGUUUGUGUCUACCCACAUCCGAUUCACGACCUCCAAAAAAGCGUCUAAUCCAAAUGACUGAUUUGCCACGCAUACGCAUGUUGCAUCACCACAACCAAGCAUCCGCCUUCGUCGAACCGCUUAAAAUGAGUUCCAUACCAGCUGGCGAGCAUUUUCAACAGGCGAUGAAUCAGUGGGAUUGGAUUCAAAUUGACAAUCUCAAAAUACCCAUUGUUUUUCGCGGCAACGACCGCUAUGCCGCUGUACAUAUAGUUCAGUUAAAACUUUUAUCGAAAUUUCCGCCAAAUAUUCCAACCGAAAUAACAAAUCGUUUUACAAUGAUUUCACAUAAAAUGUUGCCUAUUGAAGCGUGGAUCUUUAACAUAAUUAACGCCGUUCUGACGAAAUUCGAUUUGGGUUGUCAGUUAUUUACAACGAACGACGAAAUUGUACGAUUAGCUGAUGUUGAACGCUUUUAUUGGUCCAUUAAAGCGUUAAACAUGAAUCGCAUGAUUGAAAUUUACAAUAACGAACUGAGAUCGACAAAUUCAACACAUCUUAUGGCCGCGAUAACGCAAAUAAAAAAUCAUGUUGAAAGUGACUUGCAGGUAAUCUUUUCCACUAGUGCGAGUGAGUACCAUUCCUGA